GGAACCGCGUACAGGUGGAAGAGAGGGAGCGCCGCGCAGUGAUCCUAUGGGAAUGAGACGGCCGUAGAGAAGGAAAGGGAGAGGGGGUGAUCUCCGCUACGUCGUGUACGCGCACGUACGUACGCGGAUACGCGUAUACAACAUAGGUGCGCGGCGCGCCGCCGUGUCGAGUCGAAGCGCGGCGCGGAAGCGGAGAGAAGAACGCGCGGGUAAGACGCGAGCGGAAAGGGCGACGUGAGAGUCGGAGGAGGAGGAGGAGGACGUGUGUGGAGGAGAGCUACAACAACUCGGAGGCGGAGGAGGAAGAGAGUGAACGCGAACGCGAACGCACGAGUGAGCGCAAACGAGUGUGAUCCAAAAUGGCGCUGAAUCAAGACGUGGUGGACCAGUUGUCCAAGAGUAAUCCCGUCGUCAGGGUCGACCAGAAUUCCGAGUCCGAUCUCCAGGCGCUCUUCGACACCGUCCUGAAGCCCGACUCGAAGCGGCCGCUGCAGGUGCCGCUGCGCAUGCGCAACCUGCCAGAUUCCUUCUUCAAUCCGCCGUCGACCGGCAGCAAGAGUCCCUCGAUCUCUCACUCGCGCGAGAACUCUGCGGAUUCCGCGUUCGGCGUCGCCGUGACCGGCGGGACACCGAACGGCGGCGGCGGCGCCGGCGGCAGCGGCGGUACACCUAGCGGCGGAGCGAGCGGCAGCGGAGGCGGUGGUGGAGGUGGCGGAGGUGGCGGUGGCGGUGGCGGCGGCGGCGGUGGUAAUGCCGCAGGUGUCACGGGUACCGGCAGCGGCAACGCGGGCGCCGGCGGCGGCGCGAACGGCACCGCGAACGCGAUCGCGGCGGCCGCCGCGGUGGCCGCCGCGGCCGGCCUCACCGUUUCGCAUCCCCGCGCUCACAGCAGCCCGGCCUCCCUCCAGCAGACGUAUGCCUCGGCACAACAAGCGCCGCAGCACGCGCCGCAACCGCACGCGCGUCAUCACCAUCAUCAGAAGCAGCGCAGCUACGACGUCAUCGCUCCAACGGUCGACGACCUGGGCCCGCUGCCGACAGGAUGGGAGCAGGCGCGCACCCAAGAGGGCCAGAUCUACUUCCUCAACCACGUAACACGCACCACGACAUGGGAGGACCCGCGGAAAACGGCCGCAGCAGCGAACGUGGCCGCGGUAGCCGCGGCAGUCGAGAGCAACAAAAACAACGCGCUCGGCCCACUACCUGACGGAUGGGAACAGGCACGCACACAGGAGGGUGAGGUCUAUUUUAUCAAUCAUCAAACUCGCACCACCUCCUGGUUUGAUCCGCGAAUCCAUAUCAUUUAUUCAGCAUCGCACCUCCAAAGAACUCCGGCGGCUGGCGUGAUGCUGCCGCAAAACUGGCAACUUCAGCAACCUACCGGUAUUCAAAGCAACCAGAGUCUGCAGGCUUGCCAGCAAAAGAUACGUCUUCAAUCGUUACAGAUGGAAUGUGAACGUCUGAAGCAGCGGCGACAGGAAAUAAUCCGCCAGGUUAGCAUGCAAGAGAUGAUGCUGCAGCAAAGCAGAACAGACGCUGCCAUGGAUCCGUUCCUCCCGUCAGGCAUUAGCGAGCACGCGCGCACGGAGAGCGCCGACAGCGGCCUGGGACUCGGUUCUGCAUAUCCCCUGCCUCAAACCUCCGAUGAUUUCCUCAACAUAGACGAAAACAUGGACGGUACGAGCGAAAGGCACUGUUCGUUGAAUGAUCUUACGAAACGAUUAUACCGAAGCCAUAAAUACAUAAACGGAGCGCCGAUGGAAACGCCGGAUCUCUCUUUGAGUGACAACAUCGAUGCGACGGAUGAUCUCCUGCCAUCGCUUCAGCUGAACGAGGAGUUCAGCACCGAUAUUUUGGACGACGUGCAGUCACUCAUAAAUCCUAACACAACCAAGCCGGAGAACGUGCUGACUUGGCUAUAGGAUUAGAAGUGAUACUGCGGUGGAUGUCGGCCUAUUUAAAAAGAUAGGUAUUCAGGUUCUUGAAGUGGAAACUUUAUCUAAAUCUAGAUAUUAAUCUGCGAGGUCAUUUAAUUACGUCGAUGUUGCUCAGUAUGAGCAGCAUUGAUUUUAAUACUUUUAAUUAAUAAUCCACAUUUCUAUUAUUUUAUAAAAAUCUGUGGAUUAGAUUAUACUAGACUAGGAUUAAGUUUUUACUUUGAACCUAAACACCUAUUUUUUUAUUUCUUUCUAUUUGAAUUUUUGCGGGAAUACAUUACUGAUUAUUAUGGUAACAAUUAGGAUAUUAUUGGGAUAUAUUUUAUUACGUAUUUUUUAUUUCAAAUUUCUUAUAACGAGCAGGAUGAUAAGAAUUAAGCCUGAAUUUUUUGUAUGUCUACACUUUGAGAAGUGUUAGACAGCUUAAAGAAAGAAUUUGCUUAUCAAGUGGAAGUUUAUCCGUACUUUGUAUACAUUAUAAGAAAUUUUGAAUGGAAAAAUAUUUUCUUGUGAUUGAAAAACAAUCAAAAUCAAAGAUAAAUUCAAUGUAACAUUAUAACAUAUCGCAUUUCUCUGGUGAGGAUGAAAAUCCAAAUAGAAAGAUGUUUAUAUUUCAUUAUAUGCCGUCUGGAAAAAAGAAAGAGAGAAGAAGGAAAUGUAGGACUACAUGCUUUAUCAAGCACAUUAAACAAAACUGUCGAUAUCUAAUCCUUUAUUUUCUUCUUCAUUUCUCUUUCUUCGUUAAACAAUAUUAUAUUUUAUACGUGCAACGAAAAUUUCUAUUCCGUAUUCAUAUUCGUUAAACUUGACAAUCUUGUAAAAUCGUGAUUUUUGUUGCAUAUGAUGGUAUCAAGAGAUCGUUCAGUGUUUAUGUUCCCAACUUGUAAUUGUAUUUUCUCACGGUUUUUGCACGCAGAACGCGUAUUAGUUGUAAAAGUUAAUAUAGAAAAACUAAGAGAAUGAAUUAUGGAAAAUUUUAAACAAAUUUGAAUGUGCCUAAUACGAAAAUAUUCCAUUAUUUCAACUUUUAUGUUAUUUUCUAAUGCGAGUCUAUUUGUUUGCACGUUUUUACGCGAGAUUUGCUAUUCUUAACUUGGGUGCAUGUAACUGAAAAUUGUUAUCGUUACAAAUGUUAUCAAUUAUAGCAUUAUUAUAUGCUAUAAUUGACUCUUUAAUUCUUGAAUUCUUGAUACUAAUAUAGUUAUAUUAUAGGUAUGGUGGUAUAAUGGGAAUGUAAAUUAGAAUUCUGACGAACUUCUUCCUUGUAUCGCUUUCUCGAACAUCGUCGAUCUUCGAAGUCUUACGGAGCAAUAAUAUUUACUGGACGAAGAUCGAAGAGUUUUUAAUACAGAAGCAUACAGACGCGUUUAUCAAUACUUCGAAUAUGACAUACGGAAUUGUAUAAUGUUUAAUCCUCUUUAAAUCGCGGGAUACAGACGUGUAUUGAAAACACAUUAUGUCUACGAGCCCGUUUAUAGUGUAAUUUUUUACGAACGAUAUACUUCACAGCAGAGUGCCUUCUCUUUAUAAUCAAUUAAUACGACCACUCAUUACUCAUCGUUUUUUUUGCUGCAUUAACCGUCCAUAUGAAACACAUGAAUGUAGUUAUUGAAAGCGAGCGACGUAUUUUAGACCGCCGGCUGAGUAUUUCUGCCGUGGGUAAAAUGAGAAUAUAUAUUUUUUUUAUAUGUAAAGUCUAUACUCUUGUUACAAAUUGCAAUUAUAUGGAUAUUUUUGAGAAGAAAACUGUUAGUGUAAACUUGUCACUUGCAUUUUAUACUAUCAUAUAAUUAUAUAAUGAAACUUGCUAGAGUGAGAGAAACAUCUGAUGUUUAUAAAGAUAUCUGUGUAUCUUUUAUCUAUAAGAAUUUACGCGUGUUACGUCUCUAACGAGAAACAUUAAAGUGACGCAAACGAAAAGAGGCCGGUAACAUUGAAUUUUUUGUUAACGCAUUAAUUCAUGGCCUAUUUAUCGGAAGUCAUCUUUAACAUAUGUUUCCGGUAAAGAAGAUAAUGCGUUUAUGCAAUAAGUGGCAGCUGAAAUAUAUGGAAAGAAAUUUACGUGACUAUUUCUAUUACUUGACAAGUAAUAAUAUUUAUAUUGAUCAUGUAAUUAAUAUUGACGUAAUUGAAUAAUAUUUGUAUUCAAUAUUUAUUAUUCAUCGAAUAUUAUAUAUAAUAUUCAAUGGAUACCAUCUAUAAAUAAUGGAAAUAAAAACUACACGAAAAGUUUUCAUCGAAUAUAAAUAUUAAAGUAAUAUUUAGAGUAAUAUUAGAGUCAUGAAUAUUAGAAUUGUAUUACUCUAAUAUUACAUUAAGUAAUGUGUACUUUAAUAUUAGCACGCUUGCCAUGGAAUCGAAAUAGUCACGAAAACUUCUUAACGUUUUGUAUAUUAAGGACAUCGACAAUCUUAUCAUGUAAAACUUUUUGUAAUAUCGACUCUCCUGCCUUUUCCUGUAUCUGGGAAAAGCCUUGGAGAAAUUUGUAUUUCGUUAUUCGCACGCUCCUGCGUUAAUGUUUCUUUCAUUCAACUGGUUGGCCGUGCGAAUGCCGAAUUCUCGAUCUUGAUUUUUUUUUUAAAUAGUGAAGUAAGAACGAUCGUGUAAACGUUGAUUUGACAUUUGUGUCAUUCACUGUAUUUUUGGACUGACACUCUGGAAGGCGGGACGUCGUACGUCGAACACGGUGUGAGAACGUGCUCUUUCUUAUUUUACGUACACAAGUUUGAUCAUCUCACGAUUGAUUGUAUUCAAAAUACUUUUAAUGCCAUUUUUAAUAGACGGAUUAAAAAAGAUACGCGUUUUGAAUUUUAUUCAGUUUCGAGUUUCUCUUUUUUAUUCGUUUUCUCUUAUCUCAAAAUUUCAAUUUUAUUCAGUCGCUUUUAGUUUUAUUUUAUACGUGUUUGCUCUGCUACACGAUUUACGGCGACGUCCCUUUCCGAUCGACGUUACCGUCGAAAUCGGUAGCGUUUCUCGGUGUCACGAUCCGACAGUCUUCCAGGAACGUCAUACGAAUCAAGCGCGUUUAAUGUAUUAUUUUAAUUGCAAUUUAACGAUUAAUAUUUACCAUACUGUAUCUUGCUUUUAGUCUAAACUCAGUGUAGAUUAUGUUCUGGGGAGUAUAUUGCGACACAGAAACUUACAUAAGUGCCUUCAUGUCGAAAGCGUUCGAGACGAGAAUAUGAGUUCUACGAUCUGCCUUGAUAUGCGUAGGAUAGAUUUUUAGAUCAAGAACUCCCCGCUUAGGCUACGCAUUCGCCUCCAUAAUAUCUGAGAUUAUACACAAAAAGCAAUUAGUUGUUUAAUGUCAGUAUUUAAAUAUGCUCAUUGGCAAAUAUUUGUGAAAUACAUUUUUAUAUUGAUAACAAGUGCCUUAGUAAUAAUGAUAACAAUAAAUAUUAUUUACUUACG